UGCACUUAGUUGGUCACACCGUUCUAAAUGCAAUGACGCUGACACUGACAUCGGACUUCGAUAUUUAUUAUGGACAAUAAUGUAGGGCAAACUGAAGAAAAAUCAAAAAUUGCACCGACAACAGCAAACGCAAGCGAAUUAAUCGCGGCGACACAUAGUGUAGCAAUUGGAGCAAAGUCGCCAACAAGCAUUUUGACAAAUUCAACAUCGUUUUGGAAGAACAGCGGCCGCGCAGUGCCCGGACGGCCUAGUCCAAAACGCGAUAUUCUCGACAACACAACCAGCAAGUCGGGCGCCGGGACUGUGGUGCAGCGUGAUCGUGGCAACGGUGGCGGCAUGGUGUCCACCUUUCGUGACUAUCAGCAGUCGGUGAGCGAUGCCUGGGACACGGGUGACGAUGAAUUCUGCAUCAUAAGCAGCACCGAGGCAGCAGCUGCCGCAGCAGUUGGGGAUGCCACACGCAUAUCGAGGCAGGUUUCACAAACGGUGGCGCUAAACGUCAUCGAAACGCAUUCGCGCAGCAAUCAAAACCACGUCACAACCAGCGAGGCGACCUACACGAACGUUAGCAACACGGAUCUGAUAGUAGGCGGCGCUAGCUAUGCGGAAGAUAUCAAGGAGGAUCGCAGAACAUCGCAUGACAACAACGAAAUCAGAUCUCGCUUGCGUAACUAUCCGGGACGACCGCAGCUGCAGAAGAUUAGCAGCAACUCGCAGGAUGGUGAAUAUGAGACGAAGAUUGAAAAAUUUCAAUUGCUGCUCGACUCACCGCAGCUCGAUUUGGUGGCGCUCAAAAAACUCAGUUGGUCGGGUGUGCCGCGAAAGAUGCGCGCUGUUAGUUGGCGUUUGCUAUCGAAGUACUUGCCGCCUUCGGGCGAACGCCGAAAUGCAGUGCUGCAGAGCAAACGGCAAGGCUACCAGGAUCUGCGACACAACUAUUUUAAAGUGGAUAGUCAGGAUGAGACGCAGCAGGACACCUAUCGUCAGAUACAUAUCGAUGUGCCGCGCAUGAAUCCACAAAUACCGCUCUUCCAGCAGCAGCUCGUCCAGGAAAUGUUCGAGCGUAUACUCUUCAUUUGGGCCAUUCGCCAUCCAGCCUCGGGCUAUGUGCAAGGCAUCAAUGAUCUGGUUACGCCUUUCUUCAUAGUCUUUCUGCAGGAAGCCCUCACACCGGACACAGAUCUUGAGAAAUACAACAUGUCACAAUUGCCAGAGGAAACACGCAAUAUUAUUGAAGCCGAUUCGUUUUGGUGCCUUUCUAAGUUUCUCGACUGCAUACAGGAUAAUUACAUAUUCGCUCAACUGGGCAUACAAGAGAAGGUGAAUCAACUCAAGGAUCUAAUACAACGUAUUGAUGUCAAUCUGCAUCGUCAUUUACAGACACAUGGUGUUGAUUAUUUACAAUUCUCAUUUCGUUGGAUGAACAAUUUACUGACACGCGAACUGCCCCUGCACUGCACAAUCCGUCUGUGGGACACAUAUCUGGCCGAGUCCGAUGGAUUUGCGCUCUUCCACCUGUAUGUGUGUGCGGCCUUUCUGCUGCACUGGAAGGAACAGCUGAUGCAACAGAAUGACUUUCAGGGUCUCAUGUUGCUGCUACAAAAUCUGCCAACGCAUAAUUGGUCCGAUCGCCAAAUAAAUGUGCUGCUUGCUGAGGCGUUUCGCUUGAAAUUCACAUAUGCGGACGCGCCCAAGCAUCUGGAGACGAAGAGUUGACAAAAGCAAUCCGGAAUGAUGCAUAUACGAUACGUAACAUAGAAAUUAGUGUUUACUACUUUUGCUGGUAUAUAUAUAUAUUUAUAUGUAUAUAUACACAAACACUCACACAAACGUAAACAUCAUACAUCAUAUAUUAUAUACAAUUUGUUAUUAUCUCUUGCUUUCGUUUUCUUAUGUUUGUGUGUUUUGUUUCCUAAUUUAAUUUUGUAGCUGAACUUUUAUAAUACGCUUUUCUGUACAUAGAUAUGAAAUUCAAAAUUCCAAAUACAAUUUUACAACAUUUAAGUAGAAA